GAUAAGAACGAGAGUCUUUGCAAUCAUUCAUCAGAGCUUGGAUAUUUCAAAAUUGACGUGAAUUUCAUUCCGAUUGAAAAAAAAAAACAUUUAAUUUCAAGCAAAAUGAAGCCUUUAUUCUUAACAUUGUUGGUGAUUUUAAGUUUUUCUGGUGUGGCUUUCAGUGGCUGUUCCGAUGGAUAUGAUUUGGAGUGUAUUUACGACACUUUCUUUGGCGAUGACUCCGAGUCGGAUGAAUCAGAAGAAUCUAUUGAAGAUAAUAAUGAGAAAUUGGUGCUCACGGUGAAGAAUUUAACAUCCGUCAUCUAUAGUACCGAAGCCAAAUUGGAGCAAAUUCCUAACAUCGUUUGGUCUCUCAAAAAUUUGACCCAAACGGUGUUGGUCGUGCAAAAACAAUUGUCGAAAAAAUUGAAGCCACUCAACGAUGAAGAAAUUGAAAGAGAAAAGGAAGAAGAAGAAGAGCUUGAAGAGGAGGAACAUGACAUCAACCAAAUUCCAAAACUUGAAAAUCAAGUUUCCAGCCUAACUGAUUUAGUGAAAAAACUCUCCAAAAAUGUUGAAAAUUUGUCCGAAAAAUCGAAUCCUGGUCAAUCAAGUGAUAAAAAUAACAAAGAUAGUGAUAGCAAAAAAGUAAUCAAAGAAGAAAGUGGAGAAUCAAGCAAAGAAGCCAAAGAUGACUCAAAGGAGCCAAACGGAGAACGUGAAUUGGAAAAACUACAUCAUAUAAAACGUCAAAUUGUCAAUUCUUCCAUUGAUUUAAAAUCGAGAAUAUUGAAUAUGGAUGAUUGGUCAAGUGAUUCUGAUGGCUCGAGUAUUUCCAUGUUGGCCUCAAGCACUGAGGAUGUGGCAUCGAAUAUGGAUGGUGAUGUAGAUAUUGCCGCAUUUGACACAGAUUUACCGGCUGAACAUAAUUAUUUGGGUGCAUUGGAACGAGUAAGCGGCGUGGAAUAUUUGGAACCAAAUCGAACAUACACAUUGCCAAUUAUCUUCCACAAUUCAUUAGUGUUUCCAGGCGAAACGUUGCCCAUGAUUUUAGCUCCCAAUAUGUUUGUGCCGGCGGAUAAUAAUGAGGAUGGCAUUUUGUUUGGCUUGGUGUUUCGUGAGCUUAGAGGAAACCACAAUUUCAAUUUGUAUGGUGUGACAUGCUUAAUCUAUGAAAAGAGCACCGAUGACAGUGAAAGUUUAACCAUCAAAUCAAGGGCAUACCAACGAUUUUUCAUCAGAAACAAUGAACAAACACCUGAAUUUGUCAUAAGAAAUCGAACGAGAUAUGCAGCAGUAACAAUUUUACCCGAAGUCGAACUGUGUCACCCAAUAUACGGCCACGAUUCGAACAGUUUGUCGAAAUUUCGUAAAAGUGAACUGAUCAAAAGUAAACUACUACAGUACCAGAGCAAAUCACUUACAUGGCCGGAUUUUGUUUACAGAAUGUAUGAUGUGUCAAUUGCAUGUGAAAAAAUUAAAAAGUUUCUCGCUACACUCAAAAUUGACACUGUUCCAAUGGAUUUGAUUGCGAUGUCGUUUUGGUUCAGCCAGAAUGCAAUUUUAAGUACAGAAUGUCGAAGAAAGGCCUUUCUCACAAAUAACGUUUUGGAACGUAUUUUACUCAUUUGUCAAACUCUACAGGAGGAGAAAUUCAUCAUUUGCAAGCAAUGUCGAACAAAAAUCGCAAAAUUCAACAGCUUGUUCCCGAUGUCAAAGGAAGGAGUUCGAACAAAUUUCUGUAAUGCAUAUGGAUUCAUUCAUGACACACACACUGUUAUGAGUACAUUACCGGAGGCGGUCACUGUUAGUGGCGAUCUGACAAGCGAAUUCUGUUGGUUCCCGGGCUAUAUGUAUCGUUAUGUGUAUUGUGGAUAUUGCACAAAACAUUUGGGAUGGAAAUAUUUCUCGAAGAAUUUGAUGCCGCGCUCUUUUUUGGGUUUAUCGGGAAACUGCAUUUAUUUCGACAAUGUGAGCAAUUUACAAACAGAUACGGGAUCAUUGGAGAAUGAUUCAAGCACCGAUGAGCUAAUUGAAUGGGCAUGAAACCAGAUUUAUCAUGAAAAUAGUACUAUUUGAGUAGAAUUUUAUUUGGAGGAAAACAUCAAAAAGAGACAUGACAAAUGAAUGGUCACGUGGUGAUUGCAAUACGGGCAAAGUUUGUCUUAAUGUCACACACGUCAUUUGGAUCAUAUUCAGAACUCUUAGAUUUUUAGAUUUUAGUAAACGAUUUUUAUUCUAGCUCAAACCAUUUUACCUAAUAUACAUGUUUUUGUUUAUUAAUAUCAUGUUUUCAAAGCGAAAUCACAUUUGUGAUUUAUUCGUGAUUAUAUUAUAUUCAAUCGAUACACCGUAAUAUAAUUUGGGUAUCGAAAAAUUCAAAAAAUGAAUGAAAUUAUUUAUAAAAAUAAAUGUUUUGUGACGAUGAUGUGGAUGAAUAAAGAUGAAGCGACUGAUUUACGAA